AUGCAUAGUUUAUCUAUCUAUCUAUCUAUCUAUCUAUCUAUCUAUCUAUCUAUCUCAAUUUCAUUCUUUCUUUCUAUUUACCUAUUUCCGUCUCCUAAUAUCAAUGUACUUAUCUAUAUGUCUAUCGCAGUCAGUUUCUUUCUUUCUUUCUUUCUCCUUCUCGUCAUAUCAAUGUAUCUAUUUAUAUGUAUAUAUAUAUCUCAGUCAGUCAGUUUCUUUCUUUCUUUCUUUCUUUCUUUCUUUCUUUCUUUCUUUCUCAGUCAGGUUCUAUCUAUCUAUCUAUCUAUCUAUCUAUCUAUCUAUCAGCACGAGCCGGACAAUACAUAUAUCAUUCUGAAGCAUUUGUUUGGUAUCCAGCUUGAAGAAAUGUUUGGCUGGAAUCCUUCCGCCAUUUUCACGGACGUGUUCACUUUUUUUUUUUUUUUCGCCACUCCAAAUGCCGGACGCAACUGA